ACCCUCGGCGGGCACACCGCGCCCAUCCGCCCGCAUGGAGAGCCGGCGCCUGCCCUCCUACGGCCGCCGCUUCGGCCCCUCGGUGCCCGGGUACCGGGCGCUCCCCGGCAGCCCCCCGGGCCGGCUCCGGGCGCCCCGCAGCCCCCAGCUGAGCCCCCGCCCGGGCUCGGCCAGGGUGGACUUCGCGCUGGCAGCGGCGCUCAACUCCGAGUUCAGGGAGACGCGCAGCAGCGAGAAGGUGGAGAUGAUGGAGCUCAACGACCGCUUCGCCAGCUACAUCGAGAAGGUGCGGCUGCUGGAGCAGCAGAACAAGGCGCUGCUGCUGGAGCUGAGCCAGGAGCGGCAGCGGGAGCCCUCGCGGGCCGACAUCUACCGGGAGGAGCUGCGGGAGCUGCGGCGCCGCGGGGAGCACCUGGCCACCGCCAAGGCCCGGCUGGAGAUGGAGAGGGACAACCUGGCCGAGGAGCUCGGCAGCCUCCAGCAGAAGCUGCAGGACGAGGUGACCCUGAGGCUGGAGGCCGAGAGCAACCUAGCUGCCUACAGGCAGGACGUGGACAAUGCUGCCCUGGCUCGCCUGGACCUGGAGCGGCGCGUGGGGACCCUGCAGGACGAGAUCGCCUUCCUCCACAAGGCCCACGAGGAGGAGCUGCGGGAGAUGCAGGAGCAGCUGGCCCAGCAGCGGGUGCACGUCGAGGUGGACGCGAGCAAGCCGGACCUGGCGGCCGCCCUGCGCCACAUCCGCAGCCAGUACGAGGCCAUGGCCGCCAGCAACGCCCAGGAGACCGAGCAGUGGUACAAGUCCAAGUUCGCAGACCUGACGGAUGCGGCCGCCCGGCACGCCGAGGCCCUGAGGGUGGCCAGGCAGGAGGCCAACGAGUACCGGCGCCAGCUCCAGGCCCUCACCUGCGACCUGGAGGCUCUGCGGGGCUCGAAUGAGUCCCUGGAGAGGCAGCUGCGGAAGCUGGAGCAGCGCUAUACCCUGGAGACGGGCAGCUACCAGGACACGGUGGGGCAGCUGGAGGGGGACAUCCACAGCCUCAAGGAGGAGAUGGCCCAGCACCUGCAGGACUACCAGGACCUGCUCAACGUCAAGCUGGCCCUCGACAUGGAGAUCGCCGCGUACCGCAAGCUGCUGGAGGGAGAGGAGAGCAGGAUCACCAUCCCUGUGCAGAGCUUCUCCAGGCUGCAGAUCCGAGAGACCAGCCUGGACACCAAAUCUGUGUCAGAAGCUCACGUGAAGAGGAGCAUCGUGGUCAAAACUGUGGAGACCCGAGAUGGAGAGGUGCUGAAGGAGCCCAAGCAGGAGCCCAAGGAGGUGCCGUAGCGCGGGGGAGCCGCAGCGGCCGCAGCUCCGCAGGUCCCGCGGCAACCCCGGGCCGGGCACCGGGCACCAGAGGGACCGGUGGCGCUUUGGGGGCACCUCCCUCCCGUGCACCCCUCGCUUCUCCCGCGUCCCCCCGUGCCCAGGUGGCACCCCGUGAGGGGCUGGCAGGCGGCAGAGCUCCGGUGGGACCGGGCAGCAGCCGCGGGAGUCGGGCGGAGCGGGGCGGGACAGCGGUCCCCGCCGGGAUGCUCUCAGGUUCGGGGACCCUUCCUGCCUCACCCUGGGUCUCCAGGGAGAGACGCUGUCCUGUUUCAUCUCCGUGCACCCUCAGACAACACGACAGUGCCAAGAGCAUCUCCCUGCACCCACUCUCUGGUCUGGGAGGCCUCCCUGGAUCUCCUCAGUGCACCCAGACACCGAGACCCUCGGCUGGGGGGAUGCAGGGGCGAGGGACCAGGGACAUUUCCCUGUCACCAAGGGCUGGGUGAGCUCAGCUUGGGGGCAGGGCAGGGGGGAGGAUGGAGAGGCAGGGGUGGAGAAAGAGGAUGAUGGAGAGGCAGGGGCAGGAGGAAGAGGAGAGUGGAGGAGCAGGAUGCUCUUGGGAUGGUGUCAAGGGGUGACAUCAGGAGGGGUUCCUGAGGGUGUCUGGGGUGGGUUGUGGGGCUACACAGUGGCCUCAAGGGCUUCUCCUGGCACAAAGCCAUGGGGCUGUCCUGAUCCCACUGGGUGACUGCCACCAAGGUGUCCCCAACACAGGAAAAACAGGAAAAGCCAGACCUGAGGGGCUCAUGGUGAGGGGUGACCCACAGCCCUGUGUCAGGGGAAUCUCAUGCAGGUGAAAAUGGAGAGGAGAGGGGUGCAGAGGAGGAGGAGGAGGAGGAGGAAGGUGUCAUGGCACCUGUGAGGGUCUCACAGCCCAAGGUGCCACCUGCAACCGAGGAGUGACAGGGGAGUCUCAUCACUUGGGGGUCACACUGGGAGCCACACAGAGCCUGAGCCCAGCCUCCAUGGGCAUUCAGGAUGGGAUUGGGAGAAACCCCCUGUCCCUGGGCUGCAGGGGGCCCUGUCCCCACCUGUCCUCCCCCAGGGCCAUUGCCCAGCCCAGUGCUCACCCACAGCCCUGUCCCCACCCUGGCUGCAGCCACCGACCACGAGCAGGACAUGCCUGGGGCCACCUGACACAGGAACAACGACCCAGCAGCACCUCCCAUGCCCUGACAGCCUUUGGGAUGAGCACACGGCUGCCCUCGGGGACUGUCCCCUCUGUCCCCUUGGUCAGCUCUGCUCUGACUCCAGACACAGCACCCAGGGCAGGAGGUGUCAUGGGAGAGCUGGGAGAGCCCCGGUGCCCGGGGCAGGAAUGCAGGGGGUGGGACACCACGAGCAGCCUCCCUCGCUACCGAAUUAAUGCACUAACGCUGCUGCAGGAUGAGAAUAAAGCUAACAAACAUACUGA